UCUGCCUCACCCACCACACUGAGAUGAAUAUAACCCCUUGGAUGUGGCCAUAGAGUGACUAGUUUGGCACAUGAGCUCAGGAGUUGGCACUGUCAUGGCUUUUGCCUGGCUGCCCCUAUCUAGACAUGACUUAGCCCUGCGGGAGUGGUACUGUGCUCUUCCUACCCCCAUAGCGAGCCUCCACUAGUCGUCCAGUGUGUGUGUGUCAGGGAAGUAGCGUGGGCCUUGUUUGAACAAACAUGCCUGUCUAUAUUGCCCUCAGGGAUGGACAUGGAGGGGGAUGGAUGGGCCAGAUAGGGGAGGAGGGGACUUCACACAUAGAUAUUACAUCUAUUCCACAAACACACAUCCCUAUUAGCCUGGGGUCUUUAAAACACACAGACAAUACCUCAUCCUGCCCUCCAGGACACUACCUGCCCUCCAGGACACCUACACCACCCGAUGUUACAGGAAGGCCAUAAAGAUCAUCAAGGACAACAACCACCCGAGCCACUGCCUGUUCACCCCGCUAUCAUCCAGAAGGCGAGGUCAGUACAGGUGCAUCAAAGCUGGGACCGAGAGACUGAAAAACAGCUUCUAUCUCAAGGCCAUCAGACUGUUAAACAGCCACCACUAACAUUGAGUGGCUGCUGCCAACACACUGACUCAACUCCAGCCACUUUAAUAAUGGGAAUUGAUGGGAAAUUAUGUAAAAUAUAUCACUAGCCACUUUAAACAAUGCAACCUAAUAUAAUGUUUACAUACCCUACAUUAUUCAUCUCAUAUGUAUACGUGUAUACUGUACUCUAUAUCAUCUACUGCAUCUUUAUGUAAUAUAUGUAUCACUAGCCACUUUAACUAUGCCACUUUGUUUACAUACUCAUCUCAUAUGUAUAUACUGUCCUCGAUACCAUCUACUGCAUCUUGCCUAUGCCGCUCUGUACCAUCACUCAUUCAUAUAUCUUUAUGUACAUAUUCUUUAUCCCCUUACACUUGUGUGUAUAAGACAGUAGUUUUGGAAUUGUUAGUUAGAUUACUUGUUGGUUAUUCCUGCAUUGUCGGAACUAGAAGCACAAGCAUUUCGCUACACUCGCAUUAACAUCUGCUAACCAUGUGUAUGUGACAAAUAAAAUUUGAUUUGAUCAAUAGAGACAAGUCCACAUUGCGGGAAACUUUAUCACUGGAAGUUCCGUGAAUGCUACAGUACUAUCCAGCAGAUUAUCUGCAUGCAAGAACUAAUGGCAACAUUGGACAGAGACUGCAGUAUAACCUCCCUGUGUUAACAGUAGCUGGUCUGGCUGAAAGCAGAAGCACUCUUUGUCCUGUAGCUGACACACACCAAUUCAUCCUAGUGUAAGAGUUUAUAUUGUUUAAAUCCUGCAGUAAAAACAUAACUCAAAACAGGUGCAUACAUCUAAAUCCUAUCUGCACUGAUGCGGAAAUACCAAUCUGGCAACCUCGAAGAUAGUUUGGAAGACACUUGACACAAGACUGACGAUCACUGACAUCUAAAACAUACAAGCUGGUGACACACAUCUGCAUUCUACUGUGCACGUGUUAUCUACUGUGCAUACUCAACAAACUGGAUGCAGUCUAUCACAGUGCCAUCCGUUUUGUCACCAAAGCCCCAUACACUACCCACCAUUGCGACCUGUACGCUCUCGUUGGUUGGCUCUCGCUUCAUACUCGUCGCCAAACCCACUGGCUACAGGUUAUCUACAAGUCUCUGCUAGGUAAAGCCCCACCUUAUCUCAGCUCAAUGGUCACCCACUCAUAGCACGCGCUCCAGCAGGUAUAUCUCACUGGUCACCCCCAAAGCCAAUUCCUCCUUUGGUCGUCUUUCCUUCCAGUUCUCUGCUGCCCAUGACUGGAACGAAUUGCAAAAAUCUCUGCAGCUGGAGACUCACAUCUCCCUCACUAGCUUUAAGCACCAGCUGUCAGAGCAGUUUACAGAUCACUGCACCUGUACUUAGCCUAUCUGUAAACAGCCCAUCUAUCUACCUACCUCAUCCCCAUACUGGUAUUUAUUUAUUUUGCUCCUUUGCACCCCAGUGUCUCUACCUGCACAUUCAUCUUCUGCCGAUCUACCAUUCCAGUGUUUAAUUGCUAUAUUGUAAUUACUUCGCCACAAUGGCCUAUUUAUUUCCUUAACUUACCUCAUUUGCACUCACUGUAUAUAUACUUUUUGUUUUAUUUUGUUCUACUGUAUUAUUGACUGUAUGUUUUGUUUAUUCCAUGUGUAACUCUGUGUUGUUGUGUGUCGAAUUGCUACGCUUUAUCUUGGCCAGGUCGCAGUUGUAAAUGAGAACUUGUUCUCAACUAGCCUACCUGGUUAAAUAAAGGUGUUCUCAACUAGCCUACCUGGUUAAAUAAAUGUAAAAAAAAAAAGAAAAAAGAAGGCUGAGGAAGUAGGAAGGACCCAAAAAAUAAGGUCACAAGUACUAUUUAUAAUAUUUGGAUAUCUAUAAUUAUGGCAUAUAGGAUUACCUUUAACAUAACUCACCAUGAUAUGAAUAAGGAGGUCAAAGAGAGACAGGAUUGAAAGCAGCGCCAAGUAUGAAGUAUGUAUAAAAAAUACUAACCCGCUGCCAAUGUGAAGGUCACUGCACGUACCUUCCCCCCUCUGGCACCAACUCAGCCAACAGAGACUAUCUACUGAGGGUUUAGGCAAUGGACAGGCUUAGGCAAGUCCUCAUUUUCUUAAACAGAGUGAGGAUUUGAUUGAAAACAAAGGAAACAUACAGGUGAUAUUUUUAUGAAAGUCAACAGGGAGUGGAAAGAGCCAGAAGCCAAGAACUGUAAGAGCAAAACGGGAGUGGAGGAACGAUGACUCUACCUCUAUUACCUGCUGCAGUAGAAGGGCUGAUAGUUUGACUCCAGCCCCUCUUCCCCUCGCUGAGAGGCAGUUGGACUAUGACAAUGAACCACAGGGGUACCCACCCCACUACCGUGGGCUGUCUCCUCACAGAAUGUCCCUGGUGGAUGAGAUGGAGGAGGAGUGCUUGUACACUGAGGAGGCUUUCAUCUGAUGUAUGGAAGCCUCUUGUGCCAUUACUCUGCUUUAGCGCCACCCUUGUGGUCGUGGUGUUAUAUGCCCUGGCAGAUCGGCUCCGCAGCUUUGUAGCUGACAUCUUCAUUCCCCAGUACCACUACCCGUUUGCUGUACCAAUCACCUUUGUACAGGUGUUGGUGACUCUGCUAUACUUGCUGGUCCUCCAUGCCGUGGGCCUGGCACCACUGAAGCCCUACUCUCUGUCUCUGGGAGAGUGCCUGCUGGUGCCCUCUAUCUGUGGGAGUGCCCAGGCUGUGCUGGGUGUGUGGGCAGAGGCCAGUGCCAACUCUGGCAUGUACCCACUCACCAUGGGCCUGCUGCCUCUGCUCUGUGUGGGCUGGAGCCACGGCCUGCGACUGGCACUACUCCCGUCAGUCCACCUAAUGGGCCUUAUCACAGUCAUCACUUUCACCUCUGUCACUAUCACAGUGUCUCAGGGUGUCCCGUCAGUGGAGGUUCUGGAGUGGCUCUAUGCCCCACUGGCCCUCCUUCUCCACAGCCUCUCUCUGACCUGGCUGGCCAAGGUGGCUGAGAAUGAGCACCGGCGCCACAUCAGCUCCCACAUCUCACCCUUUGACCUGUACUUCACCCUGAUGGUGAACAAGAGCCUGGUGCUGGGCUUCCUGUGCCUGCUGCACCCAGAGGGCCCCCGGGCACUGAGCGAGGGUAGCUGGCAUAGUCUGCUAUUCAUGGGGUACCUGCUGGCCAUAGUGCUGCUGGGAGCACUACAGAAUCUCUUGGUCGACAUGGCCGCUCUGGCCUUCUCACCGCUGGCUGCAGCACUACUUUACACGGCACGUGGAUUAACAGGACCUUUGUACAGCCUGUUGUAGAGAUCCAACAUAGAGGAUGAAGUUGAUCGUAGAGACUAGUCAGUCUGAAGUCAAUAAAAUGCAAAUUAAUUAUUUAAAAAUCAUACAAUGUGAUUUUCUGGAUUUUUGUUUUAGAUUCCGUCUCUCACAGUUGAAGUGUACCUAUGAUAAAAAAGUACAGACCUCUACAUGCUUUGUAAGUAGGAAAACCUGCAAAAUUGGCAGUGUUUCAAAUACUUGUU